GACCUCUUCGAGGCCCAGCGCUCCGCGCUGGCACGGCUGGUGGCCUGCAGCGCAGUGUCGCUGGCCCGGCGCCUCGUGGCGCACGAGGAGCGCCUCGGCGAGAGGCGGGUGGUGACGCUAUUCGCACAACGCUUGGAGAACGCGGUGCAGCAGGUCUGUGAG